AUGCCGCGGAAAAGCAAGAACAGCACCAAGCGCAACUCGAACCAAUUCGAGUUGCUCGAUGACGAGGAUGACGGUACGAACGACAAUGUGGCCUGUAGCAUCAUUGUGGCCAAUUCGACAAGCGCGGCCGACGCGACAAGGACCAGCGCUCGCGGUCGCCCUCUGAAACCGACACUGCAAUUCGACCCAGAACCGCGCCCAUCACGAAAGAAAUCCGCCGUCCCGAAAGCGAAAUCGACGAAUGCCGACCCCGGUGCCAACGAGGAUUCAUUGGCACGAAUCGAAGCUCUCUUGAAACGCGUCGAGGCGGGCCGAAAGGGCAGGGAAACGCGUCGAGUCCUUGGAAGAGUUCAUUCGAAACGAGCUCUUCCCACGCGUCGCUAG